AUGUCGGACGCUGAUUUUGAGCAAGUGCGACGUCUGCAGGCGGAGCGCAACGCUCAAGCAGCAGGCAAAAAAGGUUCAAAGACGUUCGACCUGUCGAAUCAACGGACUGACUCUUCAACCAAGGCUUCAUUGACGGAAUCGUUUGAUAAGGAUCUUUACAGCAAUGGCGACAAAUUUGCAGGCUACCAUACCUCGCUCCCAGCUGAUGGCGACGACGAGGAGAUGCCAGACAGCGAUACUGGCCGAAGACUCAUUGGCCAGUAUACCGCUUCCAAGGCUCAGAUAAACGAGUUUGCACAUGGCAACGGUGUGGAGGAAGAAGAUAUCCUGCUUGGUCGUGAGAAGUCUGCCAGGAUUGCAGAUCGAGAAACUGAUUAUCAGAAGCGACGAUUUGACCGUGGCGCUCUCACGCCCACUCGAGCCGAUCCCUUCGCUGCCGAUGCACAGGCUGGAGCCACUGAUGGCGCAACGUAUCGACAAGUCAUGCAGAUACAGGAUCUUGAAAGAGAGGAGGAACGAGUCAAAAAACUGAUUGAGGACAAGCAGGCAAAUGGCAUGGAUGGUGUAGAGCACAAACCAUUGUUGAAAGACGUGCCCGAGAAGGAGAACGGCGACGCUGAUGUAGCCGAAACUGCAGGUCGUAAACGAAAGAAGAGAUGGGAUGUUUCCGGUGAAGCUGUUCCGGACGGAGAUGCACAAGACAAGAAGAAGUCGAGAUGGGACAAGACUCCUGCUCCUGACGGUGCUGCCCCAGCGCCAUCCAAACGUUCACGAUGGGAUCAAGCACCCUCUCUGUCCGGUGGUCCUGUAGUUGCGCCUACCCAGUCGCUUCCGGUCUUUGGAACUGAUAUAUCUUCCCGAAAUGCAGCUUUAUCCGACGAAGAGCUCGAUGCUAUGCUUCCUAGUGAAGGCUACAAAGUUCUCGAGCCACCACCUGGCUACGAACCCAUCCGAAAUUAUGCUAAGAGAGCCGCCGUUCCCUUAGCGUCGGCGUCGACAGGCACUAUUGGUGGCUUUAUGAUGCAAGAGCCUGAAAGUGCAAGGUCAAUGGGUAAGCAAUUACCUACCGAAAUCCCAGGAGUCGGCGACCUGCAGUUCUUUAAGGCUGAAGACAUGACUUACUUCGGCAAGCUGGUUGAUGGCGCCGAGGAAAGCACGUUAUCUGUGGAAGAACUCAAGGAGCGAAAGAUUAUGCGACUACUGCUCAAAGUGAAGAACGGCACUCCUCCCAUGCGUAAGACUGCCCUUCGACAGCUCACAGACAAUGCUCGCCAGUUCGGUGCUGGUGCUUUAUUCAACCAGAUUCUACCCCUACUGAUGGAGAAAUCACUCGAGGACCAAGAGCGACAUUUGCUCGUCAAGGUCAUUGAUCGUGUGCUAUACAAGCUCGACGACUUAGUCCGGCCAUAUACGCACAAGAUCCUGGUUGUUAUCGAGCCGCUUCUCAUUGAUCAAGAUUACUAUGCACGUGUCGAAGGUCGCGAAAUUAUCUCCAAUUUGUCUAAGGCUGCUGGUCUGGCUCACAUGAUCAGUACUAUGAGACCAGAUAUCGAUCAUGUCGACGAAUAUGUUCGAAAUACAACAGCUCGAGCGUUCGCAGUCGUUGCCUCUGCACUUGGCAUACCUGCUCUGUUACCAUUCUUACGUGCUGUUUGUCGGAGUAAGAAGUCAUGGCAGGCCAGACAUACGGGCGUCAAAAUUGUGCAGCAGGUCCCUAUUCUUAUGGGUUGCGCCGUACUGCCUCAUCUCAAAGGCCUGGUAGACUGCAUUGCUGACAACCUCAACGAUGAACAAGCCAAAGUACGGACUGUCACAUCUCUAGCUAUAGCUGCUUUGGCAGAAGCUGCUAAUCCUUACGGUAUCGAAAGUUUCGACGAUAUUCUCAAUCCAUUGUGGACUGGUGCUCGAAAGCAACGAGGCAAAGGUCUUGCUGGCUUUCUCAAAGCAGUCGGAUACAUCAUCCCUCUCAUGGACGAAGAAUAUGCAAAUUAUUACACAAGUCAAAUUAUGGAAAUUUUACUACGAGAAUUUGCAUCGCCAGACGAAGAGAUGAAGAAGGUAGUUCUCAAGGUGGUUUCCCAAUGUGCUUCCACAGAUGGUGUAACAGCCGCAUAUUUGAAAGAAAACGUGCUACAAGAUUUUUUCAAGUCCUUCUGGGUCCGUCGUAUGGCGCUCGACAAACGCAAUUACCGACAAGUUGUUGAGACAACGGUCGACUUGGGCCAGAAGGUAGGCGUUUCCGAGAUUGUCGAGCGUAUUGUCAAUAACCUGAAAGAUGAGUCCGAGGCUUAUCGCAAAAUGACGGUUGAAACAAUCGAAAAAGUCAUCGCCUCUCUAGGCGCAGCAGAUAUCGGUGAGCGACUGGAAGAACGUCUCGUUGAUGGUAUGCUCUUUGCCUUCCAAGAACAAAGCGUGGAAGACAUCGUAAUGCUCAACGGCUUUGGCACAGUCGUCAACGCCCUCGGCACACGUUGCAAGCCUUACCUGCCACAGAUCGUGUCUACUAUUCUAUGGCGGCUAAACAACAAGUCUGCCACAGUACGUCAACAAGCAGCCGACCUCAUUUCCCGUAUUGCAAUGGUCAUGAGACAGUGUGGUGAAGACGCUCUGAUGGGCAAACUGGGUGUGGUGCUGUACGAAUAUUUAGGCGAGGAAUACCCCGAGGUUCUAGGCUCCAUUCUAGGCGCUUUACGGUCUAUCGUCACGGUUGUGGGCAUAACGUCUAUGCAGCCACCUAUUCGCGACCUUUUGCCACGUCUCACACCUAUCCUUCGUAAUCGACACGAAAAGGUGCAAGAAAAUACAAUUGACCUCGUCGGACGAAUUGCCGAUCGCGGCCCAGAAGAAGUCAACGCAAGAGAAUGGAUGCGUAUCUGCUUCGAGCUUCUCGACAUGCUGAAAGCACACAAGAAAGGAAUUCGCAGAGCAGCCAACAAUACAUUCGGCUUUAUCGCCAAAGCAAUCGGCCCACAAGAUGUACUGGCAACUCUGCUGAACAACUUGAGAGUACAAGAGCGUCAGUCUCGUGUCUGCACGGCUGUUGCGAUCGGUAUCGUCGCUGAAACUUGCGCUCCUUUCACUGUACUUCCAGCCCUGAUGAACGAGUACCGCGUUCCAGAGCUGAACGUGCAGAAUGGUGUCCUGAAAUCACUAUCCUUCCUCUUCGAAUACAUCGGCGACAUGGCCAAGGACUACGUCUACGCGGUAACGCCUCUUCUCGAAGACGCCCUCAUCGACCGUGACCAAGUCCACCGACAGACUGCCGCAUCAGUAGUCAAGCACGUCGCGCUCGGUGUCGUUGGUCUCGGCUGCGAAGAUGCCAUGAUCCAUCUACUCAACCUACUGUAUCCGAACUUGUUCGAGACAAGUCCGCACGUCAUUGACAGAAUCGUCGAAGCUAUCGAGGCUGUCCGUAUGGCAGUUGGUACAGGUGUUGUGAUGAACUAUGUUUGGGCAGGCCUCUUCCAUCCAGCGAGGAAGGUGCGGACACCUUAUUGGAGGUUGUUCAAUGAUGCGUACGUUUAUGGCGCGGAUUCUAUUGUACCUUAUUACCCGAAUCUUGAGUCGGAAGGGGUUGCGAGGCCGGAGCUGAGUAUUGUGUUGUAA